AUGUCAGAAGAAUAUUAUCACGCUAUUUGUUCUUAUAUAAGAAAGCGUAAUGAGCAUUGUUCAUUUAGAGAGUUCAUAGAUCUAUACCAGGAAAUGAUUAUAGAAUCUCCACCCGAUACUGAUAACUGGUGCAGCUUAGAAGUGGCAUGGAAAACAAGAUUCUUAAGAAAUAUAAAAGAUAUUAUUCCUGAAAAAUACAAUAAUAUAUAUGAAAAGGUGAAAUCAGAAACUUUAAAUAGGUCUUUAAUGAAUUAUUGGCAAAAUAUUAUCAAUGAAAAAGAACGAAUUUCUGUAAUAAAUACUCAUAUAUCUGGUAGCUUAAAGAUAUUGGACAUAACGGCUAAACAUAACACAGACGUAAUUAUUUCAAAAGUCUCGUAUGAAGAUCAAUUACGAAAAAGGAGUCUUGAUAAUGCUGGUAAUAAUGACGUUGCAGAUACUACUACCCAUUAUGGAAAGCAUCCCUCGAAAUUGAUGACUGAUGUUCUUUCAACUGAUUCUAAAAGAACCAAGGUAGAAACUGAUGAAAGCGAAGGUCAUAACUCAGAAGAGAUUGAGAUGGAAGUUAUUGAGAUGGUGCAAGAUUCGAAGGAAAUUGAAGAUCUCUCUCAGGUAUUGUGUCUUUUAUGA